AUGGAGUCCGCCAUUCGUUGGUCUCCAAGCUCCACUACUACCGAGCAGCGCUUCCUCUCCGUCGACGUCACAGGCAAGGCAUUUCGUCUAUGCAAGGUGACAGGGUAUAACGCUUCCGAUAAGACCCUCCGACACGAAGUACUGUCUACCCUUGUCGAUGUCCCCUCCUUUCGCGCAUUUGACUGGUCUACAUCCAACGAGAAUCUCAUCGCCGUGGGGCAGUCAUCCGGCGAAGCCACGAUCCUGCGACUCGAUGCCAGUGUGAAGGAGUCGCUCUCCUUCCCCGUUCGAAACCAGCGAUACUGUAAUGCAGUAGCGUUCAGCACACACGGGCUCGUGGCUUCAGGUCUUGAUCGCGUGCGAAACGACUUUUGCUUGAAUAUCUGGGAUGUCAACCAGCGACUCAGCCCCGCAGGUGGGAGCAAAGGGUUUCCAGAACCCUUGCGAAAGCUAGCGAGUUCGGAGCCGAUCACGAGUAUCAAGUUCUUUAGGGAUCAGCCAGAUACCUUGGUAACGGGUGUCAAGGGCCAAUUCGUCCGCAUUUACGAUCUUCGAGAGGGCCCAGGCAAUCCUUCCUUGCAAUUCCAAACCCGUUGUGUCCACAACCUAGCCAUCGACUGGCUCGACGAGAAUUACAUCGCGUCUUGUCAGCCCACUAACGAAAGCACCGUUUGCGUCUGGGAUCGUCGCGUAGGCGCUCGACUCGUAUCGCCAUCGGUUGGUUCUUCAGCAAGCAGUCCAGACUCUAAUCAAUCCAUCGCCGCACUUCAGUUCAAGAGUGUGUUCGACUCCAAGUCCUCGAUCUGGAGCUUGCGCUUCUCCAAGACCACCCGAGGUUAUCUGGGAGCACUUUCCAGCACUGGCCAUUUCAAAGCCUUUGAGAUCGCUAAAGACUACCAGUCUGAGGAAUAUCGAGCUUCAAUCGACGAAACCUUUGGACAAGGCUCUUUCAAGAAUUAUCCAGAGCCGGUCUACGCGAGACAUAUCCGGGAUGUGUGUCUUCCUUUCGACCAUCCAACUCGUGGGUGUGAGGAGAAAGACCGUGUGGUGACAUUCGACUUCUUGAACUUGAAUAUGUCACCCCAGCCUAGUGCUAUCGCUCUCGAUGGCCACGGACAACCGCGGAUCGUUACCGCGCGGCCACCUUGUGCGCCCGUUAGCCUGUCGUCGCGAGGAGGGCUGGCGUUUGGCAUCGCGUCCGGUGACUCGGACAUCAGGACUAUCCAUCCUCUAUCCGAACUAAUCUCCCCGAUUUCCGGGCUGGUCGAGAAUAUCAGAGCACGUGUGCUGUCAAGCUCAAAGUAUCCGUCACCGGAUGCAGACAAAAAGUCGGCCGAGUCCGGAGGACUGAAUACAGACCCCAUUUCAAGCCGAGAAAUGCGGGAACGUGCGAUGUCACUCGGAACUUUGGGUGUACUUCUCACUGCUAAAGAGGCGUUGACCCUGUCUACUCUUGCCCAGUCACGGUGCAGAGAGGGCUACCUCUUCAAUGAGGCUCGAAACCGGUCAAUUGUCAAGGACGAUCCUGCUCUCCAGGACUUAUGGACCUGGAUUCAACGUAAGUCUGAAGGCUAUGAAUUCCUGGAUUCAAUCAGCGCUAAUAACUCUUCAGGUGCCCGAUCCGAUUCUUCGGGAACGACAAUGGUUGUGAACGGCCUGGAUAUGAAUUACAUUGGCGUUAGCAAUGUCUGGACUAACGAUAUGGGUUUGUUCUCCCUGGCAUAUACUUUGAAACAAUUUCGACUGACUGUCAUCAUAGGUCAUGACUUUGAACAACGCCGCAUCAGCACGAAGGCUGACGACCCGAAGAGCGUUGCUGAAGCGAUCGCCCACCUCGUUGAGCAGUUGAACCUGCCCGAAACCAAAGGCUGUGAAACAGCUUACCCCGAGCAUCGACGUCUCUGUCUUCACAUAUGUGGGGCGACAUCAUCAUACAAAGAGCUUGUGGAGACAGUGAAGACCCUCUCUUCUGAGAACCAGCAUACCAAGGCGGCCGCAUUGGCGGUCUUCCAGGACGAGGCCAAAUUGGCAUAUCUCGCACUUCGGAGUAACGAACCUGCUCAAGCACAUAAACUACUUGCGAUGGCCAUCGCUGGCGCCGCAAAGGGCGAUAACAACUCUGACUGGGAAGAGACCUGCGCCGAGAUCUCCAAAGAACUGACAGACCCCUAUGCACGAGCAAUCCUAGCCCUCGUGAGCAAAGGUGACUGGCACGCUGUCAUUCAAGAGACCACACUCCCGUUGAAGUAUCGCGUGGAGGUCGCACUACGAUGGCUCCCCGAUGACGAGUUAACUGACUAUUUGGAAGACGCCACUUCCGAGGCCAUACGUGAAGGAGACAUCGAGGGUGUGGUACUCACAGGCUUAGGCCAUCUCGCCAUGGGCCUGUUCCGCUCAUACAUCGAGAAGUUCAACGACGUCCAGACCCCGGUUCUGGCCAUGAGCCACACUGUCCCGCGCAUUAUCAGCCAUCCACCCUUCGUCACCCAAUUCAAUGCCUGGCGUGAGACUUAUCGCCAGCAGAUGAAUUCCUGGAAGAUGCAGCUUGACCGUGCUCGGUUUGAUGUCGAGUCUCGUCGCUUCGCUGUGACCGUGGAUGGACGCAAGCUUAUUCCUCCACCACCACAACAAGUCAGCCUGACUUGCAACUAUUGUACGCGCCCGCUUACCCAGCACGACGCCUCUUCUCAAGUCUCUCCCUCUGCCACCGUCGAAACAGUGCACCCGACAAUGGGUAAUCCGCUGGGAUCUGCGACCAUGUCGGGGACCGUGUGCCCGCGAUGCGGUCGCCAUAUGCCUCGCUGUGGCGUCUGCACCAUGUGGCUAGGAACCCCUGAUCCAAUGUCGAAGGGAAUGACGGCCGCCGAUGCGGAAGCCGAUCCACGCAAGGCCACCGAAGACGAAGUCAUGAAGCGAUUCGUGGUCUUCUGUAUCAAUUGCAACCAUGGACAUCAUGCGCACCAUGCUCGAGAUUGGUUUGCGCGACACAAAGUCUGCCCAGUCGCCGAGUGUAAUUGCAUCUGCGAUCGGUGA